AUGGCAUUUCUUUCUCUCUCUUUGUUUCAACUCUUUUUCAUCAUUUUCUAUUCCUUCCCAGAAUUCCUUCCCCCCCACUGCCUCGUAAGUCCUCCCACCAUAUUUCCUUCUUCGUAUCCAUCGAUUCCUUUUGCUCUUCUUCUCUUCUUAUAUUACUUAAACCUCCAACCAUUCCUCCUGUCAUUUCCUCUUACUAUUCCCCUUAAAUCCGCUUACCUCCUACCCUUUCUUUUCUGUACUCUAUCUUUUUCUGCUGUUUCUACUCUGCUUACGAGUUUUACUAAUGACAGCAAAUUCCACUCCAAUACUACUCAAUUUCUUACUUUCUUUUUCCACCCGGAUUUUUUCUUUCCAGACUUUCAUUUUUUUCUCUUUUCUUUUAUCUGUUCGUAUUACCCUAUUUCAUUCAUUGCACAAAGCUCUACUCUCUCUCUCUCUCUCUCUCUCUCUCUCUCUCUCUCUCUCUCUCUCUCUCUCUCGGCUGAUGCUUCCCAAACAGAAGUGUUGAAGGAGAGAGACAUGGUUGUCUUCGCCGACCGAGUCUUCUUUUUGCUUCAAAUAUCUUCCUUUCUUUCUUUGACUUUGUUUUCUUUUUGCUUGUUUUUUGGUUUGUUUUUUUUUACUUCAUUUGCUCCCAAUGUUUUCUUCGUUUUGAUUUUUUUUUUUUUGUAUCCCUUUUUUAUUUUUCAUUCGUUGUUUUCCGAAUUUCUCUCAUUGUUUUUUUACAUUCCAAUUCGUUCUAUCUAUUGA